GCGUGGUUGACGUGGCUGCGUCAUCCAGAGAAAUGGAAGAAAAACACAGCGACAUUGUACUGUGUGCGCUGGCAAGACGCCGCCGGUUGUUUCCGACUUGUCAAACGCCGGGAAGACACGUUCGCAACCGUCACAGUCUGGACAGUGGCGAUCAGUGGCGAGGAGGUGAGACAUCGGGUGUACCAGCAAUGCACGUGCCAUUGUCUGCCGUGAUUUUCCUGCUACGCCUAGUCUCGAUCGCGACUUAUUCGAUUCGUCCGACGACGGAGGUCGUGCGCCGACGUGGCGCGUCGUGGAAGUGCUGCGUCGCCGGUUACGCGUUCAAUGAGGAUCUCGAGUGCGUCCAUGCGGAGCCGAACAAGCGAAACUACAGCACGUACGACGUUUGGCGAGACGUCUCGUCUCAACAUUCGCAGCGAAUCACCAUGGUAAUCGCGACCGUGCACGGCUUGAGAUACGACGACAAGAAGAACGACACUGAUUCGAGACAUCGUUCAGGCGACCUUCCUCGUAUUUGUUCCAUCUUGCGCGCGCCGAGGGAUUUCUGUAUCGAGAACAUGAUCAAUGGCACGACGGUGUUGAUUAAGUGCGCGGAGGCCGGCUCGGAAGUGACUCUGGACAGAGAAAACUCGACAGUGGCAAAGAAAACCACGAUGACGACGACGACGACAACGGUCAUCACCGUGACGACCAUUACCACUAUUACCUCCAUCAGCACGAAGAACGUAACGUCGAAGGAGGAUGACACGGAGGUCGUUUACCACUGCAACGAUCUGCGGACAGUAUUCUUCUGGGGCGCGCAGACCUACAUGGACACCAACUUGGCUCAUGUUAUCCUGUGCACAAUCGUCGUCGUGGUGUACCUGUCCGUUCCGGAACUCGGCAAGGGCAUCUACAAUCGCGCGGUGCUCCGUCACAACCUCUGCCUGCUGCUGCAGGGAUGCUUCCUGUUGUUUCUCGGCUACUGUAACCUGUGCGGCGUCCCGAUCAGCGACGACUUCGAGACACUCCUCUGGAUAGUAAUGCAAUACUUCACGAACGCCACGGUGUUCUGGCUGAACGUGAUCUGCUUCGACAUGGCCCUGUCCAUCACGCGGUUCCGCUGGAUGAUGGGAUCCGGUCAGCAGACGAGUCAGGAGGAGUACAGACGGCUCCUGCUGUACGGCGCAUUCGCGUGGGGCGGCGCCUUCUUACCCGCUGUUAUCGCUGUCAUUUUGGAAUUUUGCCCCGGCAUCCCGGAGGAUCUUCCGCUCAAGCCGAAUUACCGCCGUUACCAUGACGGGCCGAACUACGUGGUGAACAUAUAUUUCUUCGGCAUACCGCUGCUGACGCUCUUCUGGAACAAUGUGCUGUUCGUGUUCACCACGUACAAGAUCAUACGAAUACAGCGGAGCACGGAGAUAGCGACGAGAAAUCAUACCAACGUCCUCAGAAAGAAGUACUUCCUCUUUUUGCAGCUGUAUCUGCUGAUGGGAGCGCCGUGGUUCUUCGGCUUGCUCCUCGCUUGCAUGAACAAGCUCGUGGUGAUGAAGAUAUGUCGGCUGAUAUGGCCGAUUCUGUGGCUUUUGAUGCUCGCUACUCACAAGAAAUUGCGGCGGAAGCUCACGAACAAGUUGCGGUGCAUUAAGAAGAAGCGGAAGACCGUCGCAACCAUCGCGUAGACAACUCCAAUGACUUUAAAGGCUUUCAAGGGUGGCUUCUCGUCAAAAGUGCUAGGAGAUUUACGGGCUGUCUCCGCGUCUUGAUCCAUCGUAAAAUUAAUGACUUUGCGCGAUCUAGAAGCGCGGACCGUCGCGUCGGCGAAAAAAAAAAUGCGUGCGUGGCGAAUCGAGUUCUUAUCAAUUGCGACCGCGGCGUGGAAAAUCGCGCGGAUGUUCCUCUUCUAUUGUAACACAAUGUUAUGCAAUCUUGCGGUGGUAAGACAGUUCCGCAUGCCCGUCAUUAAGUUUUGCGCAAACUGCUCGCGCUCACGGGCAUUUACAUUAUUUUCUUGCGCAACCUGUAGAAAAAGUCCCCGUCUCGAGGAAAAGGAAUAAAAAAAUCAACGAUGUCGCCGCCGCAAUAUCCGAUGCCGCGAACCGAGCGAUGAGUCGCAGAAAAACUCGGGCGCGCGACGUCACUGUGCGCGGCAGGAUAAUAAAGGAGUCGGGGCGCGACGUCGUUUCCUGCCGGGGCAUUUUAAUUACCGUAUUCGCGACGCGCCAUCACUCGCCCCCGCGUGCUCGUAUUAUCUUUUUUUUUUGUUUUACAACGUGUAGAAUAUUAACCUGUUAGUGUACAACGCGAGCGAUACAUCAACGGCGCGGCGCUUUUUACGACGGUGGAUCUCUCUGCACCUCGGAAAGACGCAAUAAGAACGUGAUUCUCUCUCUCUCUCUUUACUCUCGAGGGAAAAACCUCGCCUCCUGUGCUAACAGGUUAAAAUAUAACUGUAAAAUGCACGAGAGAUAUUCUCUAUUCUCUGCCGUGUGUCAAUUUUGUACCUCCAGUAUUAGGUAGACGGAAAGAGACUCUCUCGUGUAAAUAUCGCUGGUAUUAUAGAAAUUCUGUUAUCUAGUCAAAUAUAUGGGAGAAUAAACAAGUCAAUUAACGACAAGUAGGGCUUGCUGGAAAAGAAAUUAUCUCGAAUCACGAUCCCCUCGAUAGCGCAAUAACGAUCGCGUGGAAUCGAUAAGCGACGGCCUACUUAUCAAAGACAUGUUGAUUUAGUGUCCUUGCUCGCGAUACGACAUUUUUAUGAAAAAGAAAAAGAGAAUUAUAAUUUUUUAAAGCCAAUUACAAUAUCAGAAUUAGAUAUUUCUGAGAAUGUGAUAAAGGACGGAUAUCGCAUCGCGUAUGUAUAUGCAUAGGAGAGAUAAAAAAGAUUAAUGACAACUGGCUUGUUGCUUGUACGAUUUGUUUAUAGUGAUUAAAUAUUGUAGUUAAUGUAGAUACGAUCUGCUAUAUAUGUGACUAACUUGCAAUACUUUAUUAUAAAUAGAACAAACUGAAAUGUUUAUUUUUUCGCGGUAAAACCGCUCGUGCGGCAUUGCUCUAUUAUUUUAGGAUGCAAGAGCACGAGCUGCAAAUAAAUUUAUAUGCAAAAUUGUAGAAAAAUAUUCGACGCAAACUCAGGGAAUCUAUCAGGACGAAAAUAUCCAUGACCAACAUUUAUGUAACGAAAUGUAAACAAUUUAUAAACGCGAUUAAAAUGUACGUUUCAACUGA